UUCAGCUGUUUUCAAACGGCCCCUCAGAGUCUCACACUCAUUAAAACCCACCUCUAACGAACCACAAAACUAACAAACCCUCACCCGUGUCUCCGGCAUCCCUACAAAAGUUUUGGGCUAUCAACAUUCAACAGUGGUGUUGAUAGACAUAGGUUAUUACCAGGGCAAGGACCCAUGAAGACAACCACCACCCCAGCCCCCAUUAAAGAACAAUGGAAGCUCUGCUUUUCCUUAAGCUUCCUGGGCUGUUUUAUUCUCGCCUGGUUUUACACUCACAAACACACUACUCUCCCUAUAUUUGCAGCUCUUGGAGGCAUAGAGACUUCAUCACAAGUAACAACCACAGCAGCAACAGAAGUUUCAGCGUCGUCCAAGGUUUUUCGCAAUGAAACCCACAAUACCGGCGAGGAGUUCUUGAUGCCCAACAUCGGAAUCGAUGAGAAUGCCCAACAUACGAAUCGAAGUCAUCGUACCGAGCAGAAGCACUGCGACAUGUUCGACGGCCACUGGGUUUACGUCCCAGACGGAGAACCACUUUAUGAAGCAACUCAGUGCCCAUUCCUGAACGACCAGGUGAGCUGCCGAAGGAACGGGCGGCCGGAUUUUGAGUACGAGAAGUGGAGGUGGGAGGCUAAGAACUGCAACAUUCCCAGGUUCAAUGGAAAGGAGAUGCUGGAGAGAUUAAGAGGGAAGAGGGUGAUCAUAGUUGGAGACUCGCUCAAUAGAAACCAGUGGGAGUCUCUUGCUUGCCUGCUGUAUUCUGUUAUCCCUUCAUCACGAGCCCAAGUAAAUGUUCGAAGUGGAGUCUAUAAGGUCUUCAAAGCCAUGGACUAUGACUGUACUUUGGAGUUCUACUGGAGUCCAUUUCUAGUGCAACUGGACCAAACCCGAUCGAGGAAGAGAAUUCUCAAGCUCCACACAAUUUCAGCCUCUGCCCAGAGCUGGCGAGGAGCUGACAUCAUGGUAUUCAACACAGGCCACUGGUGGGUGCAUGGUGGCAAGCUUCAAGCGUGGGAUUUCGUCGAGUACAAGAAGAAAAUGUUGAAGGACCUGGAUGUAGAAAUCAAAUUUGAGACAGCCUUGAAAACAUGGAGCCAAUGGAUCGAAGACAACGUUGAUCCUACCAAGACUACAGUUUUCUUCAGGAGUAUCUCACCAGAACACAAGGGACGGCAAUGGUGUUACAACCAAACGCAACCGAUCAUGGAUGAAUCCUAUACGACAUCUUUUCCAAGGCAAGUGGUAGCGAUUGUGGAGAAAACGAUUAGAGAGAUGAGAACACCAGUCAAGUACUUGAAUAUCACGAGGCUAUCACAAUACCGUAGAGACGCACAUCCAACAGUUUACACAGCCAAGCAAGGAGUGUUAUUGACAGAGGAGCAGAGAAUGAAACCCCAGCUCUACGCUGACUGUAGCCACUGGUGCCUCCCUGGAUUACCCGAUACAUGGAACAUGCUCUUGUAUGCCUUCACCAUCCUAGAAACCUCUAGGGAUAUUUUGUAGUUCUCUUCUGAUUCAGUGCUCAUUUUUGCUAAUUUUUAAUCUUAUUUGAGGGGGGAUAUCAUAAAAGCUGUCUCUUAAACUCUAAAGCAUGAUUGUUUACCAACCCAUUAAUGGAUUAAACCGGAAAG